UUGUGGAAAGAACACUCCCAAUGAGAGUAAAUUAUAAGAAAAGUCACUUUAUUUCAGUACACGAGUAAGAAAGGGAAAGCAAAGAUAUUUGUUGUUUAUAUAAUCAACCACACAAUAGCAGUUUUCCCAGCCCAUGAUUUGAGAGGGCUUUGGCUGUGUGUUUUAUGGAAUUGAGAGAACAUUACUCAGAAAAGUACAGAGCAUUCUAGAGACUUGAAUUAGCAUUCAAGAUUUGAGGACAGUAAUGUCCAUGUACUUAUUCUUCAUCCUUGCCUGCCCAUGCCUCUUCCAAGGUUUGGCAGAAGAAAAGUGUCAUGACUCUGUGCUAGCAAGGCGUGAUUCAGUCUACGCCCAACAGGGGGACAGUCUUUCUCUUUCCUGUGUAGUACAGCACUGUGGGCACAGUUGCUGGUCAGGUGGUUGGGGACAGAGUACAGAAGGAGGUUUCCUCCUGCUGAAGCCUACUGAGAGACAUCAGUUCUAUAAUGAGACACUGUCAGUCAAUCAAACUCGCCUGCUGAUUACGAUACACAACAUCAACCAAUCAGAUGCUGGAUCGUAUGGCUGUCACAUUAACUGGGACAAGAGAGGCCACUCCAGUGUUGGUCACCAUACGUAUGUCAAUGUCACAGAAGCCAUCCCAGUUCACUCCCAGAGGAGUGAAUUGUACCGGAUCCUGGUGUGUGUGAGCAUCCUGCUGUGUACCAUCCUGGGACUGACAUACAUUAUGUCAAAGGUCAAGCUACAAUCACAUCCUCAGCACCCCUGCCUCCCCCAGCUCCAACCCCAGAGUCCUCCCCAGCUUCUUCCACGCCAGCCAAUCCCACCCAAAACGAAACCAAAGCCCAGAACCAAGCCAAAGCCAAAACUAAAUGUAGAGCUGGUCUAUGCAGUUCUGUCUCCUGACAGUCUGAGACAGAACCCCCCCGGCUCCCUCAGAGAAUCCUCAGACACCACCGUGUACUCUUCCCUACGCGUCACGUGACCCAGGGGAAUGAGCAGUCUUUGGACAUGUGGUGGGACAACGAAAGGAGGGAUUGAUGAACAGAAGAAAAUAAAUGGAGAGGGACACCAGGCAACAAAACAGGAUGGAUAAGCCUAUUGUAGACCUGUGUGGCGGCAAGCUGACAUAGAGUUUGUAAUUGGAGCGUAGUUCACUGGUAGUUCUUUUGGAUGCAGUGUACUUGGUCUGUGGCGACUGAGAGGAGUAUCUGGAUGGAUGGGAUGAGAAGACAGAUUCUUGUUUCAGCAGUCAUGAUCUUUAUCCUUUAUGAUCUAAAGGAGCCUCCAGCAAACCAAAAGGACAUUUAAUGGACAAUCCGAAGCAUGGUUAACCAGGCUGUCCACUGUGUUCACAAGUUUGUGCUCACUGUGUGUCCGUUGUUACACUUAUUUCAUUGCCAAUGAUUUAUGUUGUUUUAACCUUUGCUAAGAUUAAAAUACGAUGUAUAACAAGUACCAUAAAGAACAGUGAUAAACCACACAAGUCUAAUUGACACAAAAUACACGAUUUUAUUUCAUGAUAAAUUCUUAAUGGCACAUUACAUAACGAAAUGUACAUAUAGACGUAUAUAGACUUCUUAAUAACAAUUCCUUUUUCCUAUUAACUUCUUUAAUUUACUAUGCAGUUACAGCUUUGUACAUUUGACAUCAAUGCAAACAAUUAUCAAUAAAUUAAGGGGCGUAUUAACAGUGUGAAGGCUGCAGGGGAAGGCUCCUGGUAAAUGCCCACUAAAACAAAGAGCCAUAUCCAACUUCCUUUUCUGACAAACUUCCUGGGUUUUAGUUUCAUGUUUUACAUAACUGAACUCUUGACAACUAACCUAUUCCAUUAGUAGGAAUGGAUCUCUGUAUCUUUUAGUACAUGGAAAUUCUCCCAAAGUUCUAUAAAUAUAGUUGACUUUUUUGGUCACAUGGACGGAUAUUUAUGUAUCUCCAAACAUUUCUUGGUAAAUACAAUCCAACAUGAUUCAUUUGUUUCCCAGUAUGGUCACAAAAAAUGAUUAAGUAUUAUUUUGGGAAUAGAAUGCUACAAGCUAUUGUUUCUGCUUCCGUAAUAGCCACUGUUUUUGUUAUCUGCUACCACUUAAGACUUGAAAAUAAAUAUCAAAUCACAAAGCAUUAAAUCAAAGAUUCAGAACAAGGCAAGUUCAUUUGAAAUGACAUUCGGAAGUAAAGAGUUUUCAAAUCUAGCAUUACGAAUGCAGUUGAAUCAGAUGUGAAAAGUUGUUGCAACCUACUGUACCACAAACAUAGAUAGUCUUUUAUGACAAUGUGGGUAGUAUACUUGCAAUGAAAUGUUUAGGGAGUUGCAACAACCAUAGCUGUGAGGUAACUUAUCUGUUCAGCCUCUCACAUAGUGAGAACACAAGUUAACAAGGGGGUUUCAUAGAUUGUAAAGCGCAAAUUUGGCUAAACAAAGACUACAGUAUGACAGAGUGCUUUCCAGCAAACGUAUUUUUGACCAUAGUUCUAGUUCUCACCAUUAGACAAUCUUGACCACAGAAAUACUGACAGCUAAGAUGAUCCAAUCUAGGUUCAGAAGCAUUUUUGCAGACGUAAGUACCCAAAGGGAGAGAGAGAAGGACCAGCCUGAAAACAA